GCCCGAGCCCGAGCCCGAAAAAGCUCCUCUUCCUCUGUUCAUUUUCCCUUCAAUUCUUCAAUUACCACUCACUUAGCAAUGCCACCAGCUUUCGCUACGAUACCAAUUACAGUACCGUAAUUCCCAAUUAAUUCCGUUUCAGUAACACCAAAAAGAACAGAAAAACCAGAAUUGUUGCAGAAAGGAAGUAAUCAUGGAUGUUGAUUCGCAGCCAACGAUGGAUGAAACGAUAUUGGUCGGUGAUGAUUUAAUGACGGGUCCUCCAUCACCUGUGGUUCCACCGGAAAUAGCCUCUCAUGUCCUUCAAGGUGUUGAUUUCUGCGAUGGAAUUCUCAGAAAUCUCUUUCUCUGCUUGCAAAUCAAUGACAUUGAACCUUUUUGUCAAGAUGAGAUUGCUCUAUAUAAACAAUGUUCUGAAAGAAGGGAUAAGGAGAUAAGAAAGCGGCUUCAAGAUAGUGAAUUCAAAUUGGGUUCAUCAAUGCCUUUAGAUGAAGCCAAGGAGAGGGCUUCUCAGCUUGAGGCAGAAGUUACAUCAUUGGAGAGGCGCCUAAUUCUUGCUAGUGGAGUUGAGGGCAUUGAAGGUUUCCGUCAAAGGUGGAGCUUACAUGGCCGCCUUACUGAUUCCAAAAAUAGGUUGCAGUUCUUGAAGCAGGGCAUAGAUAGCAGAAAGAAGUGACGAGUCCAUUGGGGAAUCAGCUACCAAAAAUUGAAUCUUAGUGGUGAAGGAUGAACCAGUAUCAAGGUAGCUACCAGAAGUUGUCGCUGCCGCACCUGCAGGAGGUGCUGCAGCUGGUGGUGCUGCACCUGCUGCCGAAGCAAAGGAGGAAAAGAAGGUGGAAGAGAAGGAG